UUGAUUUUUCUUUCCCUUGAUUAACAUCAUCAAAGCAAAACAAUGAAUGUUAACCAUUUAUAAGAACAAAAAAAUCGUAUAACCAACCGUUUCAUGUAGAUAUAAUUAAUCAAUAAAGUGUUCGAAAACUAAUUGCUUCAAAAUUUCUAAUCAUUUAUUGAUCAAUAAAAUUAAAUUUUCGUCCGAAACCCGAAAAACAGCGACAUCUAUUAUUCUAAUGAGUAACUACAUUUGUAGAAUUUUUUAAUGUUCUAUUUAGCUUAAUCCGCUUUUCGUUUUCUUUUCUUAUCUUAAUUGUAUUUAUUUGUUAAUUGUUUCGAUUAAGUUUUUAUUCAGAUUUUCUUUAAUUUGACAAAUAUUAGAACGGUUAACAAUUAAUUGUUGGUGGAUUAAACGUUUGAUUGUAAUCGAUUCUUUCUCAUAUCUCUUGUGGUCAAAGUGUUGGUUCAUAGUUUUGAUUAUGGGUUCAAAGUAUGACCUUCCAAUCUUUGGUGUGGACAGUUUUGAAACUGAAUCUAUUAGAAAUAGAGAUUGGAAUUCGCUGGUUUCUAUUAGUGACUUUCGUGCCAACUCAACCACCGGCUCAAUUAGUGGACCUUCAAGUAUAUCUGGUAACAGAACUAAAUCAACAAUAAUUGCAAUUGCUGAGGGUCGUGGUAAUGCUAAAGGUGAAAUAGGUUUGGCUUCCAUGGAUGCUGUUGGUUCAACUUUGAAACUUUUUCAAUUUCCUGAUGGCUGUACUUAUUCAAGACUGUUUACCAAGCUUGAAAUUCUGGACCCAGCUGAGAUCAUAGUGUCAUCAACCUGUGGUGAAGGAGCUAACAAAAAUUUACUCGAACUUCUCCUGAAUUUUAAUAACACCAUCACCGUCACCAAAGUAGAUAGAAAAUGUUUCAAUGAUAUGGUUGGUUUUAAAGCGAUUACACAGCUUUGUGCCCACGACUUCAAGAACGCAGUCGAAAUUGAAGCUAAGGAAAAGUACUAUUGUCUCGCGGCUGCUGCAGCUUUGAUAAAAUACCUGGAAUUUGUUCAAAAUGUUACUCUUGCACCGAACUCUAUCAAAAUUGUUUACGCUGGAUCUGAGCAGACAAUCUCUAUUGAUCCAACAACUGCUAAAUCAUUAGAAAUCAUUGUGAAUCAAGCAACAGGUAAAACGGAGGGAACUUUAUUACAAUUUCUCAAUUACACCAAGACCAAGGUCGGUUACCGACUUUUAAGAGCUACGAUCCGUGAACCAUCGAGUGAUGUUAAAACUAUUGAGCCAAGAUAUGAUCUAAUUAGUGAAAUACUUACCAAUCCACAGUUUCAUUUCAAUACAUCGGAAAUUAUAUCUAAAUUUCUUGACCUUGAAUCGAUUAUAUCAGCAUUAAUUUGUGAACCGAAAACAAAAAGCUGGAAAGCUGGAGAAAAAAGAGUGGAAGCAUUAAUAUACCUUCGGCAUACAUUGGAUCUUAUCAAGCCACUUCGAGAGCAAUUAAAUUCGGCUCAACAUUCAAUCUUUCAACAUUAUCAUUACUUAUUAGAUGAUCCAAAUUUCGAUGCAAUUGCUACAAUUAUCAACACUGCAAUCAGUAAGGAUUGUAAACUAGUGAAAGGUGCAUUAAACAUUAAACAUCAAAAAGUGUUUGCCAUCAAGCAGGAAAUUAAUGGAUUUUUGGAUAAAAAGAGACAAAUUUACAAUCGAGCGAUCGAGGAUAUGAGCCGUUAUGUUGAUUCACUCAAAUUAAAAUACAAUCUUCCCAUCAAAAUUAAUGUCAACGCUACUAGAGGUUAUCAUAUGACCAUGAACCUUGCUGAUCGACCUGAUAUGGAUAACCAUGUACCGGUUGAAUUUGUUCGUGUUCAAAAAAGAGGUAAAACUAUGUAUUUUACCACAGUCGAGAUGAUGCAAAACAAUUCACACAUCUCAUUGGCAUUGGAAGAUAUUUUCAACACUAGUUAUGAGAUACUCGCGGAGAUUUUUUCUGCGAUUCGUGAAAAAAUUGGCUGCCUCCAUAAACUGACCGAAAUCGUCGCUUUCAUAGACUUGCUCUUAUCGUUCAGUAUGGCAAGCUCCAAACACAAUAUGGUUCGACCUGAUUUUAAGACGACAAUGGUAAUAAAAGGAGGAUGUCAUCCAUUUUUAUUGGGUGGCAAUAAAGUUACUGCGAUAAGCAAUGACGCUUUUUUAUCUAAUGAUAAUAAUAUUUGGAUUUUACGUGGUCCCAAUAUGAGUGGAAAAUCAACAUUCCUCAAGCAGAUCUGCAUUCUUCAAAUUAUGGCGCAAUGUGGUUGCUUUAUACCUGCUGAGAGAGCAUCAUUUAGAUUAACGGAUCAAAUUUUCACUCGUGUUGGAAAUGAUGAUGAAAUUGAAAGUAAUUGUUCAACAUUCACAAAUGAAAUGAAGGAGAUUAAAUAUAUACUCGACAACUAUACUGAUAACAGCCUAAUUAUCAUUGAUGAACUUGGAAAAGGUACUUCCUAUGAAGAGGGAUUAGCUGUCAGUUGGUCUGUCAUUGAAACAUUUCUCCCUUCAAAAUCUUUCGUUCUUUUUGCAACACACUAUUCCUCGUUGGAUCAAAUGGACUCAAUGUACCCAAAUGUCACAACUCAUUAUUUUUCUGAUGAUCAUCGUUUGAGUGACAGUGACAAUUUGGAUCCUUUAUAUGGAUUGAAAAUAGCUGAAAGUGCCGGUAUCAAGAAAUCAAUCUUGAAAGAGGCAAGAAUGAUAGCAGAACGGAUGAUGGAAAAGGCCAAAAACUAUACCCCCAGUCCGACUGCGUUAGAACUUAAACGUAAAUUUCACCUCGGACGACAUUUAAUUACCCUCGCUGAAAAACCAAAUGUGCGCAGCGACGUUUUAGUAAAGUACCUUCGAGAUCUCAAGGAAGAGCAACAAAAGAACAAAGAGAAAAAUACCCAAAAUCGUAAUAAUGUCAACCUAGGAGGGCACAUGCACCAAGCACCAUCACCAGUUAAUACUGAAGAAUAACAAGAUCGAGGAAAUUCUUAUGAGAGACAAUUAAAUACUUUAAAUUUGUCUUUUAUCAUAAUUUCCCUUUCUAAUUAUUCUAAAUGAUCCAACAAGGAUUAAGAUACACAAUUAACCAAGAAUAAACCGAGAAUACUCUGGAUAAGUUUAUCUUCAUUAUCAUCCAGCAAAAGUCCGCCUCUAACAAUUUGUAACUAUGAAAAUGAACAACGCGUGAUCAUGUAAGAGUUAAUCAUUUACUAAUCUUUUUUACAUUUAACGCUGCCAAUCAAAAAUCCUCAAGUACUUACUGUUGUAAUCAAAUUGAUUUUACAAGGUCAACAUUUUUUUCUUCACUGAUUAUCGUCUAAGCCCAAUUUUCUCCCCUUUUUUCAGAAUAUUAUUAUCACAUUAUUAUCUUCACAAUUACCAUCAUCAUUUAUUAUUAUCUUCAACUUGUUAAAAGAAGAAAUUAAACAGAUAAAGUUUAGAUUAUAUAAUAAUCAAAAGUUGCACGAAAUUAAUUCAGUGACAAGAAAAGUAACAAUUUGAUCUAGAAGGGUCGAGGUCAAUUAUUGUGACGAUUUAUGGAUGAUUAACUCAGUUAACCUAAAAAAGAAACAAAAUGAAUUAAAUUGUUAAUGGAUAAUAAUGAAAAUAUAAUUAGAACAAUUUAAACUAAAUUGAUAAAUCACCAGGAGAAAGAGAAGCAAACAAAAAACAAACGAAACACUAACUGACUUUAACCUUCAACUCACAACCCAUUGAAAAGAGAGAGAGAGAGAGAGAGAGACAAAAGAUCGAAAAUUAUUCUAAAUAGUUAAUUAAUUCAGUUGAUCAACAAUUGAUUUCUUUUGUUAAUCAAGAAAUGUCUCCAACACGUUGAAUGUUUAUUUUAAACGGUGAGAGUUUAGCCGAUAAGGAGGAGCCUGAACACUGAGGU